CGUUCGCAUUUAAGUCCUUUACUACAAGCCCAUUUGCAAUGGAUUUGUUUUAGACUACACAGAAGUGGACACUAUUUAUUUUUAUUUUCGGGGGAAAUCGGACCUGAAUCAAUCUCAUGUUGCAUCGCACUGUUUCCUGACGUUUGAACGUACUUUUUUGAGACCUCCCCCAUACACUUGUUGCUGUUGAGGACCGCAUCUCCGGCGCAGCUCUGAAACAAGGGAACGUCCAGGGACUCCGCUGCUGCAACAGGUAGUAGCCUAGCCUACAAGAGACGUUAUCGAACAUUAUUAGCGAUUUGCCAAUAAUGCCCGUACUAACGUGUCCUGAGAUCGCCACCAAGUUUAAGGAGAAGUGGAUGAUGCUCCAUCCUGAAGACCAGGACAACAUCAACGGCUCAAUGAAUCUGGAUGAUAGCCUAACCAGCCUCCAGUGGCUUCAGGACUUUUCCAUCCUUAGCGCUAACCUCGAAAGACCUCCCAGCUCCGGUUACCUCCCGCAGCACUUUUAUCACAAACAUUUGCACCCACGAGGCACCGACUCGCCUGCUAGCCCGCCCGCAGGGGACACGGCGGCUACAGGUAUGCCACAGUGCCUCGGAAACCCCAUUACUUCCAGUAGCACCUCUGUCAACGCAGGUGGUACCAGCUACCUGCACCCGCAAGCGGUAAACUACGUGCACCACCGGCAGAUCGCAGUGCCUAGUCAUCCGCCUGAGGAGAUUGACUAUAAAACGAACCAUCAUGUGAAACCGCCGUAUUCUUACGCAACGCUUAUCUGUAUGGCCAUGCAAGCCAGCAAGCAAACCAAGAUCACCCUCUCCGCCAUCUAUAACUGGAUCACAGAGAACUUCUGUUACUACAGGCACGCAGAGCCCAGUUGGCAGAACUCGAUCCGCCACAACCUGUCUCUCAACAAGUGCUUCAUGAAGGUUCCCAGGCAGAAGGAUGAACCAGGCAAAGGAGGCUUCUGGCAGAUCGAUCCCCAGUAUGCUGACAUGUUUGUCAACGGCGUCUUCAAGCGCAGGCGAAUGCCAGCUACUCACUUCAAUACCCAGAGGCAGAGCAAGAUGUCCCCCAUCCCUGAAUCAUCCCACAGUUCUACUGCCCAGGGGUACCAAAAUGGCCUCCAGCAGGGAACAGGGCACUUCCAGACUCCCAUGGGGCCUCACCAGAGGGCAGGGCUGAGCAACAAGCGCAAGCAGCCCACGCCCAAGCGCAGCGCUAAGUUAGCGAGGGGCUCUAAGUCGCCGCUGUUAGCCGCUGAGGUGAAGACCGAGACCGAGGCGCUGAAGGGAGAUUUCGACUGGGCGUCGGUGUUCGACGAUGUUUUCAACGGCAGCGGCAGCAACUUUGAGGACCUGGACAUCAACGCGGCGCUGAGCUCGCUGGGCUGCGAGCUGGACAUGUCCCUGCAGGGCCGCCACCCGGGGGUGGGGAAGUGGUGCAGCGGUGGGGCUGAGCAGGCCUGCAGCUACAUGGAGAUGGGCGCUUCCAUGGGAGACCCCCAGCUGCAGCAGCCGCUGGCACACCCGCAGCACUUUGAGGAGCUGGCCAUGUUCUCCGAGCAGCAGCGGCACCCCUGGGAGGAGCUGAAGGAGGAGGCCCAGGCCAUCCCUAUCACCAUGGACCACGGCUUCAGCUUCUGUGAAGGCUUCUUCGCUGAGAUGCAGCCUUGGGAGAGGGUAGAGUCUUACCUGUGACCCCCCUCCCCGCUCUCUCUCUCUACCCUGCCCCUUCCCUGCUGCAGAACCCUGAAAACAUGCACUCCCUCUGCUGGUUGGAAGACCCUCAGACUUCUGUUUUGCUACAUUAGCAUCAUAAAUUUUUACGACAAAUGGAACAUUUUGUUUCUUCUUUUUUUUGGUUUGUUGCAUUUACACAGAAUCCAUUUUUAUAUGUUGUUGAUUGUCCUUUGUUUUGGGCUAAAGGUAUGAAUGUAAUUGAAAAAAUUAUUCUUUUUAAUUAUUGUGUAUGGAACAAUUGUGAAUGGUUAGAUGUAGAGUAGUGUAUUGGUAUAUAUACUGUACAUUCACAUAUAUAUAAAAAGAUGUAUACAUUGGAGUCAUUUAUAAAUUAGUGGAUAGAUGCCACAUAUCAGUAGCCCAAAUUAUAUUGCAAAGUAGAAAAAUCAUUAGAGGAUUAAGGGAAACAAACAACAUGCCUUGCAGGUACUUAGUCUGUUUUUAAAAUGGAAUUCCCACGCACAUGCACUUUGAAAGACUACGGUUGUGUUUGUGGAGGGGGGGUGGGGGAGAUUCUCACCACCCUACAGCUUGCAUAGAAAUAGGGCCAAGUGAAUGGAAAACAUAGCAUCUUUUAGUGUAUUUACUUUGAGUUAUUCUCCUGUUAUUUGAAGAUGCAACAAAGUGGGAUCACUGAAGAUACCUGCAAUGCAAUAUACUGCAGAUACUGACUGUUAUAAAGCUCUCUUUCUUCAUGAUGAACAAUUCCAAAUGCUACUUUAACAUACUUGAACUUAAACACCAUCCAUCUCUACAUGUGAAUGAAUGAAUAUUGUUGAAGCAUCUUUAAAUGUUCUGGGCAGGGUCCGAUUCAGCAUCUGCCAAACGUGGUGGAGAGAGACCUAUCAUUGUGAGAGCCAUUUGAACAUGAUGCAAAGCUGUUUGCCCAUGAAACAGAACCACUUUUCCGUGUGCAUCUGCAUUUGUGCAUCUUUAUGGCAUCCUGGAUGAUGUAUAGUCUUUGUCAUUAUAAUGGUCGAAACUAUGUGGUAAUUGGUCCAUAGUCCUCUUAUCUUGGAUGGGUAAACAAUGGAAGCUUCAUCUGCUACCCUCAGUCAUUCAGAAAGUACUUCAUGUUUUAACUCACCAAUCAGCCAAACCAUAAACUGUGAAGACUAGCAAAUUAUCAGGCACCAUUCACUAGAUACUUUGGGAAAGUUAUGGAAGAAUUGUAUGGGAUUUUUUAAUGCAUCAAGAUUUUAUUGUGUAGGAAUGCAUUUAAUUGAUGCAGAGCCAACCAUCUUUAUCUGUAUACUGCUAUUGUUUCACCACAAAAUGAAAAUGUGGACAUGCUUCUGGGGUUCACUAACCAUCCCCGGGUGCCACAGGGUGAUUCCGUCUGGUUUGCCAUUGCAAUGCUUCCAUUUACAAAAUGAUUCAAUGAAAACUGAAAAGGUGUUGAGGACCACUGGAAUUCUAUUACUGGAAAACAGACUUUUCCCUGGAAUGUUGACCUUUGGAUCUCAUCAAUAAGACUUUCAACCAUCUCUCAGAAUAAUGGAAUUUAAAAAAAGAAAAAAGAGGACAUCUCAUUUUCAUUUAAUGUGGCGACAAAAGAAAACUGUAUGAAUGGAGAAAGUGAAAAAUAAAUCCAAUAAGUGUAUUACUCUGAGAAUAAGUUUCAUUGAGUCACUGUGAAGUAUGAAUUGAGUAAGUUUGGUGGCAGCCUGUGCAAUCGGUUUUUUAUGCACGUUCACAAGCUGUAUGAGAUGCCUCAAUGCAAUA